AACAUACAACAGGACUGUGCAGUUAAUGCCUGUGAACUAGGAAGACUGAUGAUGGAAAGGCAGAUGAUGUUUCAGUUGAAGAAUUUUUGCUUAACUUGUAUUACUGGCAUUUAUGGUUGCCAAUGGAAAACGUAUCCACCACAACCCAACAAAAAGAAGGAGUGCAUCUGGUAUCUGGUCCUAUCCUGUACCUUUGUCAUCAGUGUUUUCUGGUUUUACUGCUGGUGGGCACUGCACAAUGACUACAGCAACUUAAAUGAGCAUUUAUUUGCAAAGAUGCAUCGGUGGUUAGACUGGUCAGUGAUUCUCCUAAUAUUGACAGCAAUUAUCUUUAGCUAUCUGCUUCUGUUAAUGAUACUUGCACUGUGUCACUUUGCUCUGGGAAUAUCACUUUACUUACACUGGAUUAACAAGGUUGCCAUCCUGAUUUCUGUCUUGCUGAUCCUAAUUUUGAUGAUCGUCAUUAGAAUUAAGUGGAAGGAAGAAUGGGACACUAUAAAUCUGUCACUUCAAGUAACAGCUCCUUUCCUCCACCUUGGUGCAAUUGUUGGUGUGACUAGUGUGGCCUGGUUCGUCACUGAUCAAUUUUUCCAAUCAAAGCGGAGAAAUUCAAUGCUGACUGUCCCAGUUUCCCAGACGUUAAGAAACCCGGCAAAUGAAAAGAGGAAAAAACAGCUGGAUCAAACUGUUUUUCAGAUGGUCCUGCCGAUGUUCUAUCUUGGAGUGGUGAUAAUUCUUUAUUUCAUUCCUUGUGCAAUUUCUUCCCCUUGUAUCAUUGAAGGAGAAAAUCUGGCACCACGACCAUCUAUGAUGGGGCACCGUGGAGCACCCAUGUUGGCUCCAGAGAACACCUUAAUGUCUUUUGAGGAAACUGUGAAAUGUGAGGCAUCUACUUUUGAAACUGAUGUGCAGAUCAGUUCUGAUGGAGUCCCAUUUCUAAUGCACGACUCUACAUUUGAAAGGACAACAGACAUAGCAGCAGUUUUUCCUAAGCGAGCCAGAAAUAAAGCCUCAAGUUUUACAUGGGCAGAGAUUCAGAAGCUCAAUGCUGGAAAAUGGUUUCUGAAGAAAGAUCCUUACAACACAGUGAGGAUGCUAUCGGAAGCAUCACAAAAAAAAGCUUCCAAGCAACGUGUUUGUCCAUUGGCUCAGCUGUUGGCUCUUGCAGCGAAAAAUAAAAAAUAUGUAAUAUUUGACCUGCGACCUCCAACAAAUACAUCUCAUCCAUACCACAACACUUCUCACAAAGUUGUUGUAGAAACCAUCCUGAAUUCCUCGAUUGAUCACAAUCUGAUCCUGUGGCUGGCAAACAAUAAGAAUAGCACACCCAAUGAUUUUCAGAAGAUUGUGGGAGAAAAACUUGACCCAGAAACACUGCAUAGGGAGAACAUUCACACCAUCAACGUUCGCUAUAGUAGCAUCAGCUUCAUGGAGAUCAGAAACUAUGCAGCAAAGAACAUCAGCACAAACCUUUAUGUUGUCAAUGAACGUUGGCUGUUCUCCACACUGUGGUGCGCCAAAGUGAAAUCUGUCACAACCAACGCCUGUCAUCUCUUCAAGAACAUGAAUGAACCUAUUUGGCACAUUCCUCCUGGCACAUAUUUGGCAAUAUGGAUAAUCAUUGAUCUUAUAUCUUUUCUGCUGAUUGUCUUAAUAUAUCUUAGACAAAGAUCAAAACACAGGAAGAUACAAGAGGUUAGGAUGGAAGAAAAUUCUGAGGACACUAUUCUGUGAUUAAGCUUUGGAGGCAGCAUUUCUCCAUACUGAUGUAACUCAUUGACUGCAUGACAUCAUAGGGUCUGGGUAAUGGCCUCAGAGUUGAAGUUCAAGGUCAAUAUUGUACCUACAUUUUUUGAAACCUUUAUUUAAAAAUAAAUGAAAUGUAUCUGCCCCUCAUCUCAGUGUGGGGUUUACAUAACAAAA